AUGUUUAAAAAUAAAAAAAUUAUAAAAAAAGUUAAAAUUUCAAGAGCAAGAAUUGAAGAAAAACCUGUGAAUAAAGUUUGUUCUCAAUGCCAUACCACCAAAUCCAAAUAUUGGAGAAAGGGAUCUAAACGUGAUGAUGGACGUGUUUUACCAUGA